AUCAUUCAUCUUUCUGAAGAACACGCCUGUGCUCCUUCCUCAUUUCUAACACCAUUUAUCCACCAAACUCGUCGGACUUUCACCAGUGUGUUGCUUUAACGUAAAGACGUUGAGACAAACAGAUGGCCGACUCUGCAGAAGAUGCUCCCCUGGCCAGAGGGAGUCUGGCGGGCAGUGAAGAAGUCCUUGUUGCACCUGCAGGACCCACGACCGGGAGCUCCAACCGUCAUGCCUUUAAGGUGGCAGGCCUGACAACCAUUGCAUGUCUGCUGCUGGCCAGCAUGGUCUUCACUGCCUACAUGGUGUUUGACCAGAAUCAGGAGAUCCACUCACUGAAGAAAAACGCAGAAAGAUUGAGCAAACAGCUGACCCGCUCAUCCCAAGCUCCAAUGAGAAAGAUGCUGAUUCCCAUGAGGAGUCUUCCUCUGCUGAUGGACUUCACAUUAGAUGAGGACGCCAAGACACCUCUGACUAAACUGCAGGACACUGUUGUCAGCAUAGAGAAACAGCUGAAGGACCUCAUGCAGGACUCCCAGCUGCCGCAGUUCAACGAGACCUUCCUGGCCAACCUGCAGAGCCUGAAGCAGCACGUGAAUGAGAGCGAGUGGACGAGCUUUGAGUCCUGGAUGCGUUACUGGCUGAUCUUCCAGAUGGCCCAGCAGAAACCUGCAACCCCAACACCGGAGUCAGCCUCUGUGAUCAAGACCAAAUGCCAGACGGACGCAGCAACUGGAGCCACCAAGAUCGGUUUUUACAAGGCCCAGUGUGACGAGCAGGGCCGCUACAAGCCCAUGCAGUGCUGGCCCCCCACCGGCUACUGCUGGUGUGUGGACCUGACUGGCACACCCAUCGAGGGCACCCACAUGCGCGCUCGCCCCGACUGUCAGCCAGCUCAACCUAGCCGCAGAAUGCUUGCACCCGCCACGCUGCUGCUGAAGAACCUCAGCGUUGAUGAUUAGUGAAACAAAUGGAGCAGAAGAUUUGCAGUUUCUUUUCAUCAAGCUUUUGUGUAUUUUAAGUAUUUUGAUGGCUGCUUGAAAUCAAAUCAAUAUAGGCUUCUUACAGUGUUCUUGCCAUUCUAAUCUUUAUUCAUAUAAAUCAACAUAUUUCUGCCUGCAUUCGACAACAAUGGUGCAUACAGCAUUGAAACAUUACAUGUAAAAGAAAACAGCCAGAAUCUUUCCUCCAACAGUGUCCAUUGUUACUUUGAUAAUCUACAGACCAUACUGAACAGUUUUGAUUCAAACCAUUUCUUUAUAAGAAAGUAGUUCCAAUAAAAACUGUUCACGGUGAAGUCUGGAUGUAAUCAUAAUGGGGACACCAAUUCUCAACAUAAAUGUUUUUCAAUGCUGUGAGCACCACCAAUAAACCCCAGAUAAAUAAAACCCAAGCUAUCUGCAUAUCAAUAUAUGAGUUUAGUGAGAAUAUGUUCUUUGUAAUUUGGGUGAGCCUUUAACAAGAUUGUGAACAUAUGCAAUUGCGACUUAUAAGGAUGUUUGUGAUAAGAAGGUUCAAUAAAGUUUUCCUGACCAAAAUA